GUGCUAAUGUUUUUUUAAUUUUUUAACCGGGACGAUGGAAGUAAGUGCAAUGCCGCCGAUGCCGUUGGACUUUUCUAUGGUGAGGAGUGGCUCGCCUGGCGGCAGUCUCAGGGAGUCGCCGAGAAGUGGCUCCAAUAGCGCCUUUAGAGUUGUCACCCCAAAGGGAAUACUAGCGAGUGAAGCUCUUCGGAACAGCCUAGGUCAAAACACCUGGUCACCAGUUCCUCGACCGGAGCCGAGGGUAUCUCCUCCUUCACACCAUGAUGUCUAUCCUGUCAGAGAGGAAAUCAAAUUCGGCAUCAACCGUUUGGUCAGCGAGAAAACCGACGAGGAAGAAGAUGAGCAACACAAUGAAAUCCCAAGACCCGAGGGCAUUUCCCCCAAUUCUCGGUGCGGCAGCUCAUGUUGGCCCCCGUCUCCCCAAUCCCCCAGAUCAGUUCGGUCAAGUUCUCCUGAACUCGAAGUGGAUUCCCCUCCUUCUUCUCCCAGAAGACCCCCAGAUUCCUCACCACCCCCAAGAAGAUCCGAGUCGUUUUCUGUCAGUGCUCUCUUAAGACCUGAUGCACCUCGAGUCCAGCCUCAGCGGCCUUUCUUAUACCCUCAUCUGCCUUUCGCGGAAUUCCUUCGAGACGCUGGGAGCCUCGGUAUACCUUGGGGAGGUUACAGUAACCUGUAUCUCCACGCAGUGCAGGCCGCUGGUCCGGAGUUUCUUCGGCUCCGAGCAGCUGUGCUUGGAGCUCCCGGUCCUCUCUCGAGACCCCUGCCCAUCGGUGACGUGUACUCGUGUGUGAAGUGUGAGAAGAUGUUCAGCACCCCGCACGGGCUGGAAGUGCAUGCGAGGCGGUCGCAUAAUGGCAAAAGGCCGUUUGCCUGCGAAAUGUGCAGUAAAACAUUCGGACACGAGAUCAGUCUAAGUCAACACAGGGCUGUCCACAGCGUAGAAAAGGUGUUCGAAUGCAAGCAAUGCGGCAAGACCUUCAAGCGGUCCAGCACGCUGUCCACCCAUCUGCUCAUCCAUUCCGACACCAGGCCUUACCCCUGUCAGUACUGCGGGAAGCGGUUCCACCAGAAAUCCGACAUGAAGAAGCAUACUUAUAUACAUACUGGCGAGAAACCCCACAAAUGCCAAGUAUGCGGCAAAGCGUUCAGCCAGAGCUCCAACCUCAUCACGCACUCACGAAAGCACACCGGCUUCAAGCCCUUCGCGUGCGAUCUUUGCGGGCGGGCGUUUCAACGAAAAGUCGACUUGCGUAGACACAGGGAGACGCAACACGCCGACCUCAGACACGUGCCCCAUACUGAUGUGCAUGGUAUGCAUGCGGAGAUGCUACCCGAACAUAGAAUAGACCUUCACCCGCCGCACCCCGAGAUGCGGCAGCACCCCGACUUCAGACCGCCACACGCGCCCGCGCCGCUCCAGCCGCUCGCCUCCUGAACGACGACCGCCUUCGCGCCGCCCAGCUGGCGCUGAGGCAAUCGCAAACCUGUAGCCAUCUGCACAGAGUCUAAAAUACAGCAACAGUGAUUCUAGACUAUUAAAGUCUCUCGUAACAACUGGCGCUGAGACAAUAGCGACUAUGUGGCGAUCACUAUAGAGUCUGAAAUGGAACAACGUGAUUUUUAGAGACUAUUGAUAUGUCUUUUUUGGAUCUACGUCCGAAAAGUGAUACUGAGGCAAUUUCAACCCUGUGACCUUACAACAUUUUACUACGUUUUAUUUUUCACUAUACCUUAAUAUUUAACGCUUACCGUACAGUACAGUACAUUUAGUAAAGAUUUUCCAAAGAUUACUUAAAUAUAAUUAAUUAAUUAACAAUGUCUAAUAACCUGAUACCUACACGCUACGGUCAUCCAAAGAUUAGUUUAAGGCAUUUAACUUAGUUGUGGCAAGUUUAAUGUACAAAUUCUCAUAUUUAAACUGUGCUAAUUUAUAAUUUUAUUUAGAUUGAAGUAGAUUAUGUUUAACGACUUAAAAAAAGUAAAACUAAACGUCGUAAGGGACAAAUUAAAUUGUCCUACGUCUGGAGUCUGGACCUACAAAAUAUUGUUAAAAACUGCUGUUUAUAAUGUUUAGCUGAUUUUAGGAUAAAAUAUAUAUUGUGAAGGCUUCGUGCAUGUGAGUUUUUGAUCUCCUUUUAAUAAAUAUUGUAAAAUGCGAAUAAAAUGUUUAAGUAGACUGAUAAUAUGCCAUUCCAAAUAUUAUGCUCUGAGAAUGUUGUUUUUGAUUUUUGACUUAGUUUUAAAUAAAUUCCGAAUAAGUCAUUCCAGUUGAGUUACUUGCUUACUAUAACCCAGUUAUUGUUGUGCUUUGUCUACUACAAGACGAGGAGAUAAAAAUAAUUCACAGAAAACUUGAAAAAAAAACCAAGAUAUUCGUACGUAAAUAGUUUUCAAAACUCUCGGCAACAACAUACCUACAAAUUUUCUUUUUUUGUUAUAUUGUGAUCUUCACAGAAAUAAUUUUAUUUCAAAUAAUGCGAUUACAGAAUACUUUAAUUCGAAAUCCAGUACCUAUACAGUUCCUUAUUUACUUUAAAAUUGCUCCUCAGAGACCAAAUUCAUUUUAUUUUAUUUAAACAGCAAAUACUCACAUAUCACUAUAUUUGAUAUAGUAUCGUUUAGUUGUAAAAAUGAAAGUUAUUUGUUGCAGCGUUGUAAAUAUUUCAAAUUAUUAUGCUAAGUAUAUUGAAUGUACAAAAUGUUGCCUAUUUUUAUAGCUUUAGUUACAUUUUAAAGCACUAGGUUAAUAUAAUUCCAUCAAUUAUUCAUUGUAAAGAUAUAAACUAUAUUACCGUUUUGUUCUCAUUAAUUAGGUACACCGAAUGAUGUAUGCACGUGCACGAAAUAAUAGUUUAGUAAAAUAAUUUCUAAACCUAAGACAGAAAUUAAUUUACAGUAGAUAUUACAAACAAAGUGGCGGUAAAGUGUGUCGUUAUUAGAGAAAAGGGACGUUAAAGUAAAAGACGCGUCGUCAUUAUUAUUUAACGACGCUUCAAUAACACGCCAGUCACGCCACACUAGGGUUCCUUUUCCCUGAUAUUUUCAAAAAAUAUGGUUUACGGGACCGGGACCGGGAUAUAGACCGUGAUUACCUUUUGUAUUAUUUAUCCCGGGGUCUAUAUCCCGGUCAAUAUAAGUCUAGUGAAACUAACCGUGAAUCAUUCAAAAUUCUAAAUAUGGUUUAGUUAUGGCUAUAAUUGUAAAGUAUAAGUAUAAACUUUGCACGGAAGCUUUAUCGUCAGAGAAUGUUUGGAAAAUAUAUUAAAAAGCUGUGAAUAGUGCUUUUUAGCUGCAAUAUUACCUACAGUUUUUUCAUUCAUUCUCUCAGUGAAAUCCUUAAUGCCAAAGACAAAAUAGGAAAAAUGUAAAUAGGCAAUACGAGUAAUAUAAAAUAAUUUCAUAUAUUUAAUUAUGUUUAUAACAUUGAGGUGUUACUAGACUUAUAUUGACCGGGAUAUAGACCGUGAUUAUAAGUCUAGUGAAACUAACCGUGAAUCAUUCAAAACUCUCAGUGAGGUGAUAGUUUAAAUACAGUAUGUACCAACGUAACUGCAAAAUAAAGAUGUUGUAAGUGACAUUUAACCUUUUCGUAUGUGUGUAUGGUGUCCAAAAAUCGUGGGUCCAAACCUCGGUUGUGAUGAGCAGAAAUUCUCGAAAAAAUGCAAACAGAUGACUAAAAAUUUUGUCUGGACCCUUACCAUACACAGAAAAGGCUAAAAGGUGCUUUAUAUUGAAGCAGAUAUUUCUAGGUCAUAUUUGAACUCACCAAGUAAGUCUCAAGUGAAAUUUAAUAUGUUUUGAAAUUUAAAUGUUUGUAUAAUUGUAUUUUUUUCUAUUCAAAUCAGGCAACAAAUACCAGAAAAUAUAAAAUAUUAGAAAUACCUUACAGACUAACAUAUUUAUGCAUUUUAUAAACUAAACACUACUAAGACGACAAAACGGCGUGAUUCCAUUGAAUCGUCUGGUUUUGUAUCGGAUUCGGCAGUUUGCACCGGAACCUACGAAACAUGACACUCUUCGUCACAUUUUAAAAUAAGUGUCGAUGUUUUCACAUAAUUCCUUAAUGUUAAUAUUAAUUGUAUAUAUUGUAACAUAUAGUUAAGUACGUAUAAACGGAUCCAAAGACAAACGUGCAAUCCUAUGUCGUAAUAUAAUAACGAAAGUGUUAAAUACGAGUCACUUCAAUAAAAGAUGAUGUUUA